AUGGCCCCCUCCCUCUUCCGUCUUGCCUCAUGGCUUGCUGCCGCCGCCAGCACCGUCUCUGCGGCCCCUAUUGAGCCCCGUGCUGUCCUCGCCCACGAUGCCAUUGUUGGCUUCCCUGAGACAGUCCCUUCGGGUACGGCCGGCAGCCUCUAUUUGAAGUACAAGCCCUACCUCAAGGUUGUGAACGGCUGCGUUCCCUUCCCUGCCGUCGACAAGGCUGGUAACACUGGUGGCGGCCUCAACCCUACCGGCUCUUCCAACGGAGGUUGCUCCUCCAGCACCGGCCAGGUCUACGCCCGCGGUGCUUCCUACAACGGUGCCUACGCCAUCAUGUACUCGUACUACAUGCCCAAGGAUUCCCCUUCCACGGGUCUCGGCCACCGCCACGACUGGGAGAACACCGUCGUCUGGUUGUCUGCUGCCUCCGAGUCCGCCACCGUUCUGGGCGUCUCCGUCUCCGCCCACGGCAACUACGACAAGAAGACCUCCGGCAUCAGCUUCACGGGCACCCACCCCCGCGUCGGAUACCGCAGCAUCUUCCCCGUCAACCACCAGAUGAUCUUCACCAGCGAGCAGGGCGGCCAGCAGCCUCUGAUUGCCUGGGAGUCGCUCACCCCUGCUGCCCGCACCGCCCUCGAGAACACCGACUUUGGAAGCGCCAACGUUCCCAUGAAGGACGGCAACUUCAACAACAACCUUGGCAAGGCCGCGUUGUAA